AUGGAUACAUCGCCUAAUCAGCUGGCUCAAAAAUCAGACGAAAUCACGCCAGAAAUGAUUCAAGCAAUUCAGCACGAGAAUGAAGUAUUGAAAGCCGAAAAUGAGAAACUUAAUUCCCAAUUUCAAAAUGCGUUACAAAUUAAUGAAGCCUUCAAUCAAUUGCAAAACGAAAAUGCAUCGCUUAAUAAAAGCAUAUCAGAUAAAAUUCUAGAAAUAAAUGAACAUCAAAACAAAAUAGACAUUUUAAAUAACAAAAUAAAACUACUUGAAUCAAAAUUCAAUGAUGAAAAGACGCAAAUGAUAGCUGCUCAUCAACGAGAAAUACUUAAUCUUCAAGAAAAAAUCAAAUCUUAUCAAGAAUCAAUUUCAAAAUCGGAAGAUAAAUAUAAUAAUCAAUUAAAAGAUAAAGAAAUGCAUUAUAAAACAGAAAUAUCUUCUAUUCAGCAUAAAAUUGAUCAAAUUUAUCAAUUUGCUUCCGCUUAUUUUGAAGUUUCGGUUGAUAGUGUUGAUAAAUUACAAGAGCAGUUUUCAAAACCACCAAAAGAAGUAAUCAAAACCAUUGAAACACCAGUAAAACAACCACAAAAUAUUCAACCAACAAAAUCUGAUUCUGAAAAUGAUUUUCAACAACAAAUUCGUGAAGUUCAAGAGUCAGUAAAAGCUUCUGUAUCUAAAGAAUAUGAAUUGAAGCUUCAAGAGCAACAAAAAUCUUUUGAAAAACAGUUGAAAUCUUUCAAACAAGCAUUUUUGCAUCAAGAAAAGAAAAUACAAUCACUUCAACAGAAACUUGCAGAUAGAACCAUAGAAUCAGACCAGCGCCUUAAAGAUAUGACUGCUGCUCAAACACAACUUCAAAUUACAAGAAAUGAAUUUGAAAAUAUGAAAAUAAAUGAAAUUAUUAAACUUAACUCAACAAUUGAAAACAAAAAUGCUGAAAUAAGUAAGUUAAAAGCAGAAAAUAGCAAGCUUCAGGAAGAAAUUUCCGAAUUAAUUUCAAAAAGUUCAAAAAUCGAAAAGAAACAGUCUCAAAUGCAUAAAAAGAUAGAUAACUUAGAACAUAAUUAUUCUCUUUCCCAAAAUGAGAAUUCUAAGCUGAAAAUUCAAAAUGAAAAAUUAAAUUCGCAAUUAAACGAUUUAACAGAUAAAUAUAAGGAUCAAAUAGCAGUCUUGAAGUCUAGUAAACAAAAUAUUGAAUCUUUAAAUGAACAAAACAGAAAUUUGAAAUUAGAUUUAGAAAAAUCAAGAGCAGAAAUAGAUUUUAACAAUGAAACAAUGAAUAACUUGAAAUCUGAUAAUGAACAAAUCAAUAAACAAGUGGCUGAUGCCUCAAAUAAACUUAAGGAACUUCAAAUUUCGAUUCAAGAAAAAGAUAAAGUUAUUUUUGAACUCCAAACAGAAAGAGAUAACAUCAAAUUAGAGAAUAAAUCAAUCAGAGAAAAAUUGAUUUCAUCAACAUCAAAAAUAGAUGAAUCUGCAAUGAUUCCAAUUGCAUAUUGGACGUGUAAAGAAUUUCCUGCAGAAUUAUCAAAUAUUAUUACUGAUAUCUCUGCAAAUCCAACAUUAAGAACACCUACAAAACUUAAAACUGUUUUAUCUGCAAUAGCAAAAUGGUAUUCAUCAAGAAUUGAGAAUCUAACAAAAGAUAUUGAAACAGAAAAGAACAAAUUUGAAGAAUUAAAUAAUAAUGAACAAAGAUUUUAUACAAAUGUCAAUGAAAUAUUUGCAAAUCUCAAAUUAGAUCAGAAUGUUACUAAAAACAAAGACCAAUUCGCAUAUGAAAUCAAUAAAUAUGUUAGAGAGCUAGAACAAAACGUUAAUUCCCUUAUUCAACAAAAUAAACAUUGUGAUGAAAUUUUAUUUUCAUUGUAUACUGAAUUAGAUUCAGAAACACCUGAAUUAGCAUUGGAAACUAUACAUGAAAUGAAGCAAACAAUUGAUGCUCUUAAUUCUUCAUAUCAAAAGCAAGGAAAUCAAAUUUCAAAAUUAGAGUCAAAUAUUCAGCAGAAUGAAAAAGAAAAAUUAGUUUUAGCAAAAGAGUUUAAACGUGAAAUCAAGAAAUUGAAUUCACAAAUUAAAGAAUUGCAAACUCAAAACGAAAAUCUUCAAUCUCGCUAUGAAAAAACUGCAAAUGAAGCCAAAGAAUCAUUAUCUAUUAAUGAUAAAAAGAUAAAUGAUCUUAUCAUUGCUUUAGAUUCUCAAAAACAAACUUAUGAACAAAAAUUGCUGACUCUUUUGUCAGAAAUCCAGAAACAAAAAGACGAAAUAAAUGAGAAACAGUCAGCAAUUAGAGCAUAUAUUGGCAAAGAAAAGCAAUAUGAAGCUCAAAUCGAUGAAUUAACUGAUAGAUGUGAAUCUAAAACAAAUGAAAUCAAAGAACUCAAAGUGAAUCUUAGUAAUACUGAGAAAAUGAUGAAAGAAAGGAUUGAUUCUGAGAGAAAGCUUUUUGAGGAAAAAAUCAUUAAUUUAUCUCAAAAUAAUAGCUCUGUCUCGCAAGAGAAUAAAGCAAACGUUGAUAGUUUGAACACAAAAAUCUCAGAAUUGCAAGAUCAGCAUAAUAAAGAAAAAGAAAAUUCAUCAAUUUUGCAGCUCAAAAUUAAAAAACUUGAGAUUGAACUUAAUGCAACAAAAGCGGAACUAGAACGAGAGAAACUUUGCGAAGAAUCAAAGAUCAAACUUGGAAUUUUAUCUGUAGAAACUGAAUACCAGAAGAGACUCGAAGAAAUGAAGAAUAGCAUUGAAUCAACAAAGAGAAAUCUUAUAUCUCAAAUCGGCUUGCAAUUCUCAUCAAUGUUUAAUGUUUCUUCGAAACUAGAUGAAGGAACAUUUGAAAGUUUCAUUAAAGCGCUAAAAUCUAGGAUUAAUUUCUUAACUGAGCAAGAUCAGCAGCUGAGAGAUAUCUUAGAACUAUCUCCAAGCCAAUCAAUUCCUGAUGCUGUUGAAAAACUUCUCAUUUCGAAUCAACAAGAGGACUAA